ACAGGUGCUUGGAGUGUGAGGACUGUGAGCUGGGUAUCUGCAGAGAGAGGAGGAUCUGUCACCAUCCCAUGUUACUAUGAUCAGAAGUAUAAACACCACGUGAAGUACUGGUGUAGAGGGCGUGACUGGAAUUCCUGCUCCACAUUGGCACGUUCUGACUCCCAGCAACCAGACGGGAAAGUGUCACUCAGUGAUGACCCCACCCACCUGGUCUUUAAUGUGGCCAUGAGGAACCUGCAGGAAACGGACUCUGACACUUACUGGUGUGCUGUGGAGAUUCAUGGGGCAGCACAUGAUGGUGUCUAUCUACAGCUGAUGGUGAUGGAAGCAUGGGCAUUUUCACCGAAACAGGGAGAGCUGACUACAGCUUUACAGCAGACAGGAAAUUUUACUUCAUCUACACAGCAGAGAGACGGUUUAACCUCAGAAAAAAAACACCAAACAGGAUGGGAUGUGACCACGCAGUCAUCAAGAGACCACACUUGGCACUUUCUGCUUCAUGCUGCUGUUGGUCUGGUCUACCUGCUGUGUACCGGAGUGGCCAUUAUCACCUGGAGAAACCACAGGAAGGUAGCAGCAGUGACAGCUCCUUAGGACGGGGCUCUGACUGCAAUGAUGCCCCUUCUGAUCCCGCCUCCAGCUGUGACAGGCACCUCCUGAAAUCCGGGGCCCCGAGUGAGACGCCCUCCUGCCCUUCGACUCCCCUUUUGGGGUCCUGUCCUUCAUUCUCUCCUCCUCUGCACAUGCUCAGUCUCUUAAACAACAACCCCUGAAAUUCUACCUUUAUCACUUUCUCAGUAAUGAAUGUUUGUCCACACACUCUGUUAACCAACCACAAGAGUGAGAAUGACUAACUGUCCAUAUUUGUUAUUGCCCGUUUAAUAGCAAAGUGAUAUAUAAGCUACAUUUUGCCUGUUUUCCUUGCAUCAUGCUGUCCUGCUUCUGUUAAUCCAUCUCCCCUAAUCGCCAAAUAAAUUCCUGUUUCUUAGA